CACUCACUGCUGUUCUUUGUUUAUUUCUCCCAUUCAGAUGCAGACGGAUAAUUGAAAAUGUAAUACCUGUGUUCAGAAGCCAUGAAUUCCAGAAAAUUACUCUCAGAAACACGGAGAGCUUUUCCUGCUGCUAAAUCCCAGUGCCAGCAGCCAUGGCGGGUUCUCAUCGUGGAUGUCACAUCACCUUCCUGGGCCAAUACCUGCUCUGUGCUCUCCGAGGCUCUGGAAAACACGCUGUGCUUGGCCUGUGGCUUGGCAGGGCCCUGCCGUGUGCCCCUGCUGAGCCUCUACGUGGUGCAGCCCCAGCAGGAGUGUCUGCUCCCCUUCACGCAAGUGAAAGAGAACUUUGGGCGAAUCCAAGCCUGCAUUUCGGAGCUGCGCUUGCUCCCAGCAGAAGGCUGCUUCCCACAGGGGGGAAGUGGAGUGGUACAGGCUGUGCAGGAUGGAUUGCAGCAAUUCAAACAAUACAGCAGACACACAGCAGCAGGAGGCUCAACAAACAGUUCUGUUGAGAUCACAAUUCUGACUAGCCAGUCCAGCAAAGAAAUGGUGAAGCAGCUGGAAAAGAAGCUAAAAGAUGUGGACCUUGUGAGUCUGCGAAGACUACAAGUCAUUGAGGUUUUGAAGAGAGACUUCCUGGAGCCCGAGGGUGAAGAGCAGUGUGUGCCAGCAGAAGAGCCCAGCAGCAGUGACAUUGGAAUCCUGGGAAUGGACAUUGAUGUGCAAACCGUAGAGGACAAUGUCAUCAGCUUGGAGAUGCUGUUUAAAACAUGGCUCCAGGACUAUGGCACGGAGAGGGAACAGCUCCACCUCCUCCUCCCAUCGGGAGGUUUCAGCCACGCUGCUGCACCCAAGAGCACCAUAAUGUGCCUCAAGUGCGACCUGCAGGAGAGACUGCUGGACCCAGCCCUGCUCUCGGGGCCGGCUGAUGGCCCUGGGAGAGCAGCAGACCCCAGUUCUCCCUGGCACGUGGCAGCCUGGCCAGCCACAGGGCUGCACAAACUCCGGGUGGUAAAGGCUCUGAAGUCUGAAGGGGUCUGUGAGUCUGUACUGUAUGGCCUGCCCUUCAUUAUCAAGCCCACGAGCUGCUGGCAGCUGGACUGGGAUGAACUGGAGACAAACCAGCACAGCUUCCAUGCUUUAUGUCAUAGUCUUCUGCAAAGGAAGUGGAUGCUUUUGGCCAGGCACGAACCUCAGAACACUAAUCCAAGCUGGAACAUUGUGGUGCAUUCCUACUACGUCAUCGUCCCUUCCGACUCUGCCACUCUACUCCUCAAAGCAGUCGCCAUCAGGGAGCUCCUGCUGCCUUCAGCCUUCCCAGCCCUCCUUGCUGAGCACCCUGAGCCAAUCCGUGGCCCCAUAGAGAGUGCCCUGAACAGCUUGGAAGUGGAAGUUGCUUAUAACCCCUUACACCUAAAAAGCAACCUGUACAAAUACCUGAAGAGUUCGUUGUACAAAGCUCCCCAUCGGCAGCAGGCCCAGCCCCGGGAGCAGCGCCCAGAGCGGCACCAGCCCAAGCAGCCCCAGAGCAGAGCCAAAGCUGCAGUGGCACCCCUUCUGCUGGCUCCCUCUCCCCUCCAAACAUUCAGACCAGCAGCAGCGAGGAGAGACUCCUUUCUGUUCGUCACCGAGUCAGUCUACAGGAAGUUUCUGCUCUGGGACCCUCUGUCCAGAGAUCCAGCUCUCCCCCACACCACCACGUAUUUCCUGUUCUUGUCUGCACACAUCACAAGCAUGCCUCAAAUUCUGGUUUCUGAGACUGGGCUAACGCAGGCCACAAACCACAGAUUGCUGUCAGCGGGUGCAGAGGAGCUGCAAGCAGGGUGGUGAGGAAAUCAGACAGACAAGGCAGGCAGGGACACCGAGCUCCCCUCAUCCUGCAGCAGCAGGUUCAGUGGGGUGU